GCUCGGCUCGGCUCGGCUAGGCCACGAUGCCGAACUUCUGCGCGGCCCCCAACUGCACGCGCAAGAGCACCCAGUCGGACUUGGCCUUCUUCAGGUUCCCGCGGGACCCGGCCAGAAUAUGAGAAGCUCCUCUAAACUCCCGCAGCCAGGCCUUCCCCGCCAUGAAGGACUGAAAUCUCUCUGGAACUGUGAGGAAAGCUAGGAGCGGAGGAGCAGGAACUUCUUGAACUCCAUACAGAGAUGCCAGAAGUGGGUGGAGAAUUGUAGGAGAGCAGACUUAGAAGAUAAAACACCUGAUCAACUAAAUAAGCAUUAUCGACUGUGUGCCAGACACUUUGAGACCUCCAUGAUCUGUAGAACUAGUCCUUAUAGGACAGUUCUUCGAGAUAAUGCAAUACCAACAAUAUUUGAUCUUACCAGUCAUUUGAACAACCCACACAGUAGACACAGAAAACGAAUAAAAGAAUUGAGUGAAGAUGAAAUCAGGACACUGAAACAGAAAAAAAUUGAUGACACUUCUGAACAGGAACAUGAAACCAACAGCAAUGCUCAGAACCCCAGUGCAGAAGGGGGCAGCCAGCAGGAUGGAGACAUUUUACCUUUGACCCUUGAAGAGAAGGAAAACAAAGAGUACCUAAAGUCUUUAUUUGAAAUUUUGAUUCUCAUGGGGAAACAGAACAUUCCUCUGGAUGGUCACGAAGCAGAUGAGAUCCCAGAAGGUCUCUUCACUCCAGACAACUUUCAGGCACUGCUGGAAUGCCGGAUCAAUUCUGGUGAAGAGGUUUUGAGAAAGCGCUUCGAGACCACAGCAGUUAACACGUUGUUCUGUUCAAAAACGCAGCAGAAGCAGAUGCUAGAGAUCUGUGAGAGCUGCAUUCGGGAAGAAACGCUCAGGGAGGUGAGGGACUCUCACUUCUUUUCUAUUCUCACAGACGAUGUAGUAGACAUUGCAGGAGAAGAGCAUCUGCCUGUGCUGGUGAGGUUUGUCGAUGAGUCUCAUAACCUGAGAGAGGAAUUUGUGGGCUUUCUGCCUUAUGAAGCCGAUGCAGAGAUUUUGGCUGUGAAAUUUCACACUACCAUAACUGAGAAAUGGGGACUCAAUAUGGAGUACUGCCGUGGCCAGGCCUACAUCAUAUCUAGUGGGUUUUCUUCCAAGAUGAAAGUGGUUGCUUCUCGACUUUUGGAGAAAUAUCCGCAAGCUGUCUCCACACUCUGCUCUUCCUGUGCCUUAAACACUUGGCUGGCAAAGUCCGUUCCUGUGACGGGGGUGUCAGUUGCGUUAGGGACAAUUGAGGAAGUUUGCGCUUUUUUCCACCGUUCACCACAGCUGCUUCUAGAACUGGACAACGUAAUUUCGGUUCUUUUUCAGAACAGUCAGGAGCGGGGUAACGAGCUGAAGGAGGUUUGCCGUUCUCAGUGGACAGGCAGGCACGAUGCCUUCGAAAUCUUAGUGGACCUCCUCCAAGCACUUGUUCUGUGCUUAGAUGGUAUAAACAGUGACACGAAUGUUAGGUGGAAUAACUGUAUAGCUGGCCGAGCAUUUGUCCUCUGCAGUGCUGUGACAGAUUUUGAUUUCAUUGUAACCAUUGUUGUUCUUAAAAAUGUCUUGUCUUUCACAAGGGCCUUUGGGAAGAACCUCCAGGGACAAACUUCCGAUGUCUUCUUUGCAGCCAGUAGCCUGACAGCAGUACUGCAUUCACUCAAUGAGGUGAUGGAAAAUAUUGAAGUUUAUCAUGAGUUUUGGUUUGAGGAAGCCACAAAUUUGGCAACCAAACUUGAUAUUCAAAUGAAACUCCCUGGGAAAUUCCGCAGGGCACAGCAAGGUAACCUAGAGUCUCAGCUGACCUCUGAGAGUUACUACAAAGAAACCUUAAGUGUUCCCACAGUAGAGCACAUUAUUCAGGAACUUAAAGAUAUAUUUUCAGAACAGCACCUCAAAGCUCUUAAGUGCUUAUCUCUGGUACCCUCGGUCAUGGGGCAGCUUAAAUUCAACACAUCAGAGGAACACCAUGCUGACAUGUACAGAAGUGACCUACCCAAUCCUGACACACUCUCAGCUGAGCUUCAUUGUUGGAGAAUCAAGUGGAAACACAGAGGGAAAGAUAUAGAGCUUCCAUCCACCAUUUACGAAGCCCUCCAUCUGCCUGACAUCAAGUUUUUUCCUAAUGUGUACGCCCUGCUAAAGGUCCUGUGUAUUCUCCCAGUGAUGAAGGUUGAGAACGAACGCUGUGAAAAUGGACGGAAGCGUCUCAAAGCGUACUUGAGGAACACUUUGACAGACCAGAGGUCAAGUAAUUUGGCUUUGCUUAACAUAAAUUUUGAUAUAAAACAUGACCUGGACUUAAUGGUGGACACAUAUAUCAAACUAUAUACAAAUAAAUCAGAGCUUCCUACAAAUAACUCAGAACCCAUUGAAAAUACCUAAGAGAUUUUUUAAAUGGGCUUUGUCUUAUAUUUGAUAUUUCAAAGAAAAGCCUGUAAGGUGAAUAGUAGGCCACUUAAUCACUGAAUACUUUGCCUAUAGGCCUCCAGUUGAAUAUAUUAGCCAUUGGUAAUUCACUUAUUUAAAUGGCCCCUGUUUGAAUUCUCAUGCUUCGAGCACCUGUCCUUUCAGAAAACAGCGCUGAGAGCUCCACCAUCCACGUCCGUGUGUUCUCUGCUAGCGGUGCUCUGGCGUUGUUUUAGUUAAAGUCAUUUUAGAGAGAAAAUUAUUGUGGAUCCAGUUUCAGAAAUUGAGUUACCGGUUUUUGAAGAGAUGAAUUUUGAGACCGUAUGAGAGAAGAAAAUACUUUUUAUAAGAAGUUAUAAUGAAGUACACCAUUGACUUGACUAGUAGGAGUUUUAAGUGUUAAAGAUCUGUUAAUGGCAGCACGCAGGAGGAGGAGGCAGCAGCAGGAUCAUGAAUUUUAGGCCAGCCUGGGCUACAUGGUGAAACCCUGUCUAGACUAGGACGUAGCUUAGCCACAGUGGAGCAUUUGCCUAGCACGUGUAAGCCCCGGGCUCAGUCGUCAGCACUGACAACAGACCUAAGGACAGGAAGAACCAGUGCAGUAAUGGAUAGUUACAGAAAUUGCUAGAGAGAAGUUUGUGAACUCACCUUUCAACAGACAGUACAGAGAUUCUGUCUGGAAUGAACUUAAAGGAAUGCAUUGAGGUCUGAAUGAGGAGUCUGGAUUGCUGCUCCUUGUCCACUUGUUUACAUUCCUUUGCUGAGCCUCCAUUUCCAUAAGCAUUUCAGCAGGUAAUCUGCCUCUGCUUUUCUGGUCAAGCAGAAUCCAGCUGUCCAUCUAGACAGGUGACCUGUCUGUUCUCCUCUUCUGUUUCCAUGAUUAUAUCUACUGCCUUGUCUUAUAAGCAAAGCCUACAAAAACAAAUGUUUGUGGUUUAUCUAAAAAUAAUACAGAAAGUAUUACUGUUAUUUUUGGUGAAGAAAAUCAAUUUGUAUAGUUUAUUUCAAUCUAAAUAAAAUGUGAAUUUUGUUUAAA